GGCAGACCAUCAUUACCGGUCAAUCAGAGAGGCAUUACAUUCGCGUCUCUCCCGGCAGGAGCAGGGGUAGCGUCGAGGGCGUCGGGCCCGGCAUCCCUCCGUUUUCCGCUCACGGCCCCUUGGCGACAGAACCGCCACUCGAGGCCUGUUAGAAAAAAAGGACAUCCGCCAUGGCAGCCAUGGAGGCCGCGAACGCCCACUACCACAGUGGGCAUCAGCAACCGGGCCCACCGCUCCCAGCUUCCCCAACACUAACGAACCCUGACAUGAUUCUCCCGGACUACGACCGCAGCGACUCCCCUGACCCCGAUCUUGGGAGCUCCCAACAUGCGUCAGUCAUGAUGUGGAAGAACCAAAAUAACUCUAUGUCUGCUCCCGAUAUGCACCAGAUGUUCGUCGCGACGGGUAUGGCCGGGUCUCGCCCAUACGGGCCGUCUGGCCCGAUCACACCCACUACGCCCAUUAUCUACGGGAACGGGACUCUGCUGUCGGAUAUUGGGGAGGUCACUGAGGUUGAGAGCACGGUCGGAAAGCCGUCGCCUGGGCGAUCCAAGUCGAGUUCGCGGAGAUCGGGAUCGACGACGCCCGAAGGAGGAAACGGCGCAGCUUCUCGGUCUACAUCUACAAUCACCAACGCAGCCAUGCUCAAGAAGAAGCCCAAGCGGGGUUUGAACCCCAAACAUGAACGCCGGUCUAGCAUUGAGAGCACCAGCACCAUUACGAACGGGGAUCAUGCUGCGGCUUUCGCGGACUUUGACGAUUCCGUCAGUGUGGGCGACAGUGUAUUUCAAGGGGACGACGAGCAGAGUAUGGCGUCAUCGUAUACGGAGGGGACGCCGGCUGUUGAACCGGCGAGGUUGGGGGUUGCCAAGGGGGAUAAUACCGAUCGGUUGUCCACUUACUCGACCACCUCGCUGAGUCGGCGAGCAGAGGAGAUUCUGGCGAAUGCAAAGAAAAGGCUUACGACGAUGGAAGGCAACCUGAACCGUGCGCGGAGUUCGUUAUACUACAACGCUCCCUAUGGCUCCGACGGGUCAACGCCUUCUCCCCCUUAUCAGCGAGCGUCGUCGGCGAUGUACCCUGCAGCAACCGGUGCAGAGCCGAGCACUCCGCCCGCUAGCCACACCCAAGGCCACACGCGCAUGUCAAGCGACAUAGCCAUGCGGAAUGGCUUGCCUUACCGUGUGUCCGUCCCCAGAUCGCAGAGCGCGCUUGGGGCCGCCGGCGGUUACCGACAGCCGCUAACAGCGUCAAAGAGCGCCGAUCAUAUUCGGGGGAAUGCGGAGGUUGAAUGCCAUCGUUCUGUUCACCGAACCAGUUUAAUUAGGGAAGCCGGCUUGAAACCCCUUACCGAGGACGAGGUUGCGCGACUCGGAGAAGCAGAUAGCGAAAGCCAAAAAGCCCGACUCGAGGCAUUUCUCAGCCCUCCCCUUGAUAGCCCCUCGUAUGGAUCCUUCCACAGCGACAGUGGCACGAGGUACUCCCAGAGGUCAUCAUCUGCCUCCCAGAUGCGCGAUAUCAAGGAUAUCAAGGAGCAGAUGCGGGACCUGAAGGGCAAAAUAUCCAGCCUACGGGAGCAGGCUAGAGCUGACAGUUUGAAGAGGCGGAGUCUGCAGAGCCUCAGGACACCAAGCCCCUUCACUCAUUCACAGUUCGAUCACUGGCAUGCGGAGCCUCCGUCGAACAGGGCCUCCGUGGUUAUUGCCGGGAACUCUGCCGACAGAAACCCUUGGAAUGGCGAGGAGUCGAGCGUGGAUGGCGAUGCUAGGAAUGCUGCGCAAUGGCUAGAUAAUGGCUACGUCGCCGAAGGAGAUACAGAUUACGCUGAUGCUGAGGAGAGGCUUGAUCUCGACCGUGCGGACGGCCCUCGCCCCCUGCCUCCUUCGACACGGGUUGUGGAGACCGAUGGCGGCGAAGAGGAAGAUGUCUCGGACAUGCAGACGGAGAACGGUGACGUUGAUGACGAGCAGGAGGACACGGAGCAGGAGGAGGAUACCUUUCACGACGCAGAGGACGCCGACUACCUGAGCGAGAGUGGGGAGUCUCUCUAUCACGAUACUGUCCAGCACCAGAUCUCGCAUGAAGACCGUGAAGACGCAUUCGAUUACGGGCAUUUCUUCCUGCACAGCGCCAUGGGCACCAUGAGCCUGGAGAGGCGAUCCAGCACAGACAGCUAUACCUCGGAGGACUCGGUCGAGACGACGCGAGGACCAGUGGCAAGCGGCACGAGCAGCGACGAGCAGCGCCCGAUGGUUGGCAGACGCAACAGCAGCAACUCAAUAUCUACGAUCGACACAUUCACCACCGCUCAUGAGGGCCGCUCCCUCAAAUCUCCCGUCGGCUCCGACGAACAUUACGGCGCUUCCGAACCCUCCUCCCGCGCGACCUCGGCCCAAAGCCACCGCCAUCGCUCCGGCAGCACGGCCACAGCGAAGCGCCUCUCCCUUACGUCGGAAACUCUCCAUCCGCCGACCUCGGGCUCCGCAACGCGGGACAGCGACGGCUCCAUCUCGCCCAUCGCCGAGGAAUCUUCCGCCGCAGGCUCUCCCGCACACCAACCGUCGUCAUCCAGAGCCGCCUCCCGCCGUGCCUCAGUAGUCCUUCGCCCCAUCUCCGCUGCUGCGGUUACACACGGCCCCGUCCAUCACCGCCCUUCAAUCUCAUCUUUCGAGUCGGUUGGGACAAACCGCAGUUUCCCGCUCGUUAACAAGACCCGUUCCUCCGAAGGAGUACGAAAGGCAAGCAGCACCGGCGUCCUCACACCCCGGGACUCACCAUCGCCUUCAUCUUCGGCACCUGUGCCGUCGUCAGGCAAACAAGGUCAGCCUUCCGAACUGGGUACCAUCGCGAGCAGGCUGCUCAGUGACGUGGAGCAGCAUGCGAUUACUGAGGUUGCCAAAGGGGAAGCUGCAGAUGGCGCCAAUGGGAUGAGCGACGGUGAGGCAGGAAGCAUCGGCGCUCCGCGGCCGCUAGAAGCGCUCUUGCGUGAGGAUAAAUACCUCGUCGAUCGCAUCGUGGCCUGCCUCGGUCGGUGUGUACUGGGAUUGACGGAGAAUGGACGCGCGAGCGCCGAGAGCAGGAUGUAUCGGCGGCGGCUGGAUGCGGCCAGAAGGGUGUUGGAGGGAUUAGAUGCCGUCUAAUCUUUUACCGCCAUCUCAUCGCUUGCGUCUUUUUGUUCUUAUUGCUCUCGGUUUGCCUGUUCACCGCCCAGAAGCGCAGGGUUUACUGACCGCUGGCGUCCCGCUGCGCCGCGUGA